GGAACUCUGGGAACUUCCGCACAGGGGCACUUCCAGACCAGUCCCUCCCAAAAGGAGCCAAUGGGAAUGUGGGAGGAAGCGAGUGACCCAGUGAUGGGGAAGAAGGAUAAAAAUGAGGAGCGGAAGGAGAGAAUCCUGAAUCUCACACUGGAGAUUAUCUAUCUGCUGACUGGAGAGGGCUACGUCAUCCCUAAGAAGAAGAGCCCAACUGUGGGUUUGGGGGCCCUGCAUGCCCCUGGCUCCGUCAUACAGAAGGAAAAUGACAAGAAGAUCCUGGAACUCAUCUCCAACAUCAUCCAGCUGCUGACUGGAGAGGUUGCCAUAAGGUGUGAGGAUGUUUCCAUCUAUUUUUCCUUGGAGGAGUGGGAGUAUAUAAAAGGAAACAAGGCCCUUUACAGGGAAGGGAUAAAGGAGGAGGAGCCCCAGCAACUCCGCCCACUGGACGGUGAAUAUGAAGAUAAGAGAGAGAUUCCAGCUGAUCUGGGAGGAACAUUAUGUUAUAAUAAUGAGCCAAGCAAGAUUGGGGCUGAAGGAGCAGAUUUUUGUGCCGACGGAAAUCUCACAAACCCUGAAAUUUCUCCAGCGGAACAGCCCCCACCGGCCAAUGGGAUUAAAGAGGAGGCGGUUUUAUGGGAAGGGGAAAACCAAUCAGAUUGUGGCAUUAAUCCACUUACAGAACAGAUACAGGGAACAGACACACCUACUCCCAACACAGAGACGUAUAACUGUUCCGAGUGCCAUAAACACUUUAAUAAUAAGACCAGUCUUGUCCGGCAUCACAAAACCCACAUUGGAGUGAAACCUUAUUCUUGUUCUGAAUGCGGGAAAUGUUUCGCUCGUCGCGCGCAUCUUACUGAGCAUCUAACAACUCACACAGGGGAGAAACUGUAUUGUUGCGCUGUAUGUGGGGAAAGGUUUUCCUAUCAUUCACAAAUCCACAGGCACUACAGGAUACAUCUCGCUCCAACCUUAUUGCGCAUCGCAGAAGUCACCGAGUAGAGAGACUUUACUCUUGUACUUUGUGUGGGAAACACUUUGAACAUCGCUCACAACUUACUCUGCACAGGAAAGCCCAUACGGGAGAGGCGCCGUAUUCUUGUUCUGAAUGUGGGAAAGAUUUAUAAGAACGCUCGAGGAAAAUGCUGCAACUGUUGCACAGGCUUUGCCCUGCAUCUCGGAGUUCACACAGGGGAGAAACCAUUCACUCAUACUGAAUGUGAGAAAUGUUUUAUGCAUCAUUCCCAGCAUUCUACAUCUCGCUCUGCACAGUAGUAACUGUACUCAGGUAACUACUCAGGGUUGGAACUAGGGGAAUGCAGAAGAGGCACCUAGGUCACAACGAUGAGGGGGGUGCCAGGCAGGUAACUCUUCUUCCUACCCCUAGUCCAUAUUCUCUUACCCUCGCCACCACUUGGUACCUCCAACGACUGUCACAUGGCGGAGGGUGCUGGGCAAAGGUGGUCGUUCCGGUUGCCCCGACCGUGACUGUACCUACAAUGAUGAGUAACACACAAUUAUGCCAUUAAAUUAUGAUUUCUUUUGGUUAAAGUAUGCUUAAUCUUUAAUAAACAUUUAAUGGUU